AGUGAUCUUGAACAACAUACAUGUAUGCGAUCACAUACAGGCACUAAACCUUUUCCUUGCCAACAUUGUGAAAAGAGUUUUACACGGUCAAGUCAUCUAAAACGGCACAUGCUAUCACAUACAGGUGUUAAAUCUUUCCAUUGCCAACACUGUAAACAGAAUUUUUAUCGGCCAAAUGAACUUAAACAACAUAUGCGAACACAUACUGGUGAUAAACCUUUUCAGUGUCAACACUGUGAGAAAAGUUUUUAUCAGUCAUGUGAUCUUAAAAGGCAUUCGCGAACACAUACCGGUGAAAAACCUUUUCAUUGCCAACAGUGUGAAAAGAGUUUCAGUCAGUCUGAUAAUCUAAAACUGCAUAUGCGAACACAUACCGGUGAGAAACCAUAUCAUUGCCGUUAUUGUGUGAAGAGUUUCAUUCAGUCAAGCCAUCUAAAACAACACAUGUUAUCACAUACUGGUGAUAAACCUUUUCAGUGUCAACAUUGUGAGAAAAGUUUUUAUCGGUCAUGUGAUCUUAAAAAGCAUACGCGAACACAUACCGGGGAAAAACCUUUUCAUUGCCAACAGUGUGAAAAGAGUUUCAGUCAGUCUGAUAAUCUAAAACUGCAUAUGCGAACACAUACAGGUGAUAAACCAUAUCAUUGCCGUUAUUGUGAGAAGAGUUUCAUUCAGUCAAGCCAUCUAAAACAACACAUGUUAUCACAUACUGGUAAUAAACCUUUUCAGUGUCAACACUGUGAGAAAAGUUUUUAUCAGUCAUGUGAUCUUAAAAGGCAUACGCGAACACAUACCGGUGAAAAACCUUUUCAUUGCCAACAAUGCAAUAAAAGAUUUAGUCUAUUUGGUAAUCUAAAACAGCACAUGCGAAGACAUGAGAAACAGUUUCAUUCAAAACAAUUGAUACUUGGUAAUGAUGCAUACAUUGCUGAGAACUGCUUCAUUCUGGUGAACAAGUAUGCACCUAAUGAGCAACACAAGAAUUUGAUAGUUUUAAAAGAUGUAGUAUCUUACCUGAGAGAUUGUAUAUCUCAUCCUGAUGCAAGUAUAGUCUGGGGAGACCAUGAUGUUACAAGUAUUGGUGGAUUUUCUCUAGAUUCCAGUUCUAUUGCUCUAUGGCUAAUUGCAGUUUCCUUUCACCUCUCGCCUUUCCUCCAUUGUCAGACCUGA